CAUGUGCACCGUUACAGCAUCCUAACAAAUGAUCCAGCUGUCUACAAGAAUCACUUCAUGACUGCAUGGAUGCGACUUGAUACUGGUAUACGAGUGACACUGCGUUAAGUGUGCUGGAAAAGUCAAUCAUUUUAAGACAUGGACGUGUGGAAUAUGAGUGAUGUGGCAGCCAAGCCUGUGUCCCCUCUGUCUAACUGCACGGUGGACACCAGCUACCGCUUCACCUUCUAUCAGGUGUCCUACAGCAUCAUCUUCCUGCUGGGGUUGGUCACCAACAGCCUGGCUCUGCGCAGGCUGUGUCUGUCUCCCUGCACCAUGAACAGCACAGCCAUUUACAUGGUCAGCCUCUCUGCUGCUGACAUGUUUUUUGUAAUCUCUCUGCCUCUGAGAAUAUUCUACUACCACCAGAGGGCCAGAGCCAAGACAGGAGACUCAUCCAGUUGGACUUUUAGUGUGGCGUACUGCCACCUCACUUUCACCCUCAAAUACAUCAGCCUGUACGGGGGCAUCUUCUUCCUGGUGUGCAUUGCUGUGGACCGUUACUUUGCCGUAGUGCACCCGCUGGCCUCUACGCUCCGCAGGCUGCGUGUCGCACAGCUGGUGAGUGGGGGGAUCUGGUGCCUGGUGCUGGGGCUCAGUGUGAGUCUGCCUCUGCUGCGCUUUGCAGCCGCUCACCAGCACCAGCCCUGUCUGCUGGACCCCUCCUCCCAACGCCACCGCAAAAUCAUCCUGGUAGCUCUGGGCCUAGUCUUGGGCUCAUUUCUGCUGCCCGCUCUGCUUCUCCUCUGCAGCUACUGCAGGGUGCUGAGGGUGCUUCGCCAUCCGAGACACCGCUCUCGCAGCCAGCGCCGAGGCCGCCAGCACACUCUCACCAUCAUUUACUGGGUGCUCGGCAUCUUCCUGCUCUGCUUCGUCCCCUAUCACAUCAACCUCCUGGGAUACACUCUCACACACGUGGGACUGCUGCCCUAUUGUGGCCUGGCAAAGGUGACCAAGGCGGUGCACCCCGUGGUGCUUUCACUAGCAAGCUCCAAUUGCUGCCUAAAUCCACUCAUCUACUAUUUCUCCAGCAGCAUGUUGCACAGGGAGGCGCCCGGGGGAGGCAGUGGCAGCCAGUGACACAGAUCAUUUCUAUCAUUAUCUUAAAAGCACUCGAUUAUUCAAUUGUCCAGGACUUCUUCUAUUCUACUACUACAGCAUCCUGUUGCUCCUACUGUGUCUGCAGUUCUUCAGAAGUUAAACUAAGAUAACUCUGUGUGUGUUGAACAUGUAGUCUGUAUCAUUGUAAGGCAUUAUAAUGUUGAACAGGCUUGUGUGUUUGCUUUGGUGCCAUGCUACUAUAAGAAGCACAAUGACAGCUUAGUUAUUUUGUUUUGUGUACUCCGACAGUUUAAUGUGCCUGUAACAUAUUGAUAUGCUAUGACUUUUUUUUAAUAUAUGUAGUGAAUGUAACAUGUUGCCUCAUUUUCCAGAAUGCUGCUCAAACCUUA